CUCGCAUAAGCCGACGGCCAUCACAUUAAAACUGCAGACUGCCAGGACCCGCUACUCCUUUGUUUGCAACAGGGAGGAAAGAACUGCUCUCAGCAACCAUUAACUGCUUUGCAUCAUUCCCACACAGAUCUUCGUCAUGGGCACGCACAACAGGCAGACACAAUGCACAGACCUUGUCGUUUGUUCGUCAGACAGCGUCCGCAGAUUGAGGAAAACAUCCCCAACGCAACGAACCCUCGCCCUAACCGGCCUAUCCUUUCCAUGCCCGCUCUGGCGUAUAUAACUCUGACUCUGACCUGCAGAUAUGUUUUUUUUCAGUUUUAUUGACUGACUUUUCUGUCCUGUCGACAUUGUAUCACCGCUACUUGACAUAAAGCAGCUGUCCCAGGAUGUCCCAAGGACAUAAACAUCUUCACCGAAGGCGGGCGUCCAGCGUGACUGUGGCCCUCGACCAGAUACCUCUCAACCACAACCGGCAAUCUUCACCCGAAUCUGCAGUGAAACCUUUACCCGGCCGCCGACGUCCAACAGAAGGUGAUCGGUAUCGAUCGAAAGGACUGUGGAGCGAUAUCAAGACUGGUAGAUGGCUCUUGGCUCCCGCCUCUUCCUUCAAGCUUUCUCUUAUCGCUCCAUCCCUUUAUCUGCUGCACCAUCUCUUAAGCACAUACGGUAUCAUCAACCACUCGCAAGUGCCAAAUGUAUUUGAGCACUUUAUCUUGCCUUCAAACAAAUUGGAAGAUGGGAGGUACGGUAAAUCAUGGUGGGAUUUCGCUUUCCUGGCACACUAUGUGAUCUUUUGCACAUUCGUGAGACAGUUUAUGACGACCCGGGUCUUACGGCCAAUGGCCAGGGCCCUAGGAGUAAAAGGUCAAAAGAUUGUACGGUUCACUGAGCAGGGGUAUGCCAUCUUCUACUUUGGAAUCCUUGGAGUGUACGGUCUUUAUGUCAUGCGCGAUCUUCCCAUCUGGUGGUUUAAGACAGAGCAUUUCUGGUUAGAAUAUCCUCACCGGGAGAUGACCUCCCAUCUCAAAACUUAUUAUCUCCUCCAAGCGUCAUAUUGGCUCCAGCAGACGAUCAUUAUGAUUGCCAAGAUUGAAAAGCCGAGAAAGGAUUACAAGGAGCUUGUGGCACAUCAUAUCGUUACUCUUUGGCUCAUUGGAUGGAGUUACACAGUCUAUCUGACCUACAUUGGUGUGGCGAUUUUCAUCACCAUGGAUGUGUCAGACCUAUUCCUUGGUCUUGCCAAAUGCGUCAACUAUGUUUCAGAAUUCUAUUCUGUCCCCUUGUUCGCGUGGUUCACCAUCGUCUGGACGUAUAUGAGACACUAUCUAAACAUCGUCAUCCUCCACUCCGUCUGGACCCAAUUUGACCUCAUCCCCUUCCCGGACCGAACGACAUUUGAUCCCUGGAACGACCGAUGGAUCGAUUGGUGGAUGAAGUGGCAGAUCUUCAUCCCGAUCUUUUUGUUGCAGUUGCUCAACUUGGUUUGGUAUUUUCUCAUCUUGAGGAUCCUGGCAAGAGCAGUGUUUUUGAAUGAUAGGAAGGAUGAAAGGUCGGAUGAUGAAGAUGAUGUUGAAGGGGAUGAAGCAAAGGAAGAAUGAUUAAGAUGGUGGUGUGUUCAAUCAAGUGAUGUACCGUAAGAAGUCUAUAUUCAUUUCCCUAUAAUGCGUUUAUUAGACGGACAGUAGAUUGUAGACGGACGAAACUUGAUUGUGUACGAUCA